UCUAGACAACGUUAAUGAUUUGUCCAAAAACUUUCGGGAUCUCGCGUGUAAUCUUUCGGAGCUUGGAAGCUGUCUCGUUUAAAGAUAUUAUUGAAUAUUAACAAACUCAAGCAAUUCGAAUCGGGGAUGCAGUGCUUAUACGAUAUUUUCAUGUGAUUGCUGUCCUGUAGUUUAUGGAGUUUUUGGUGAAACAAAAGAACAGACUUCGCCGCAGUGUUACCGUUUCUACAUGUCGGUCCCACUAAUAUAAUAUUUUGUUGGAAAAAUUGAAUUGAGGAUUCUGAAAAUCAAACGUCACUCGGAGCACUGUUGGGAAGUCAAACUUUAAAAAUGGCAUUGUCUAAGAGAGAUUUAGACGAGCUGCGGCCAGUCGUGCAGUCAUCAGUUUUAAAAGUGCUUGGAAUCAAUGAACCAAGUGUUGUUAUUGCUGCUGUUAAUUGCAUUGGCCAGAGAAUGUCCAAGACAAAAACUGUCGAUAUGUUAAAACCCUUGCUGGAAGAUUCUGCCGAGAGGUUUGUGGAGACUCUUUUUGUUGAUGUAGCAGGUUUUCAAGUAGGAAAUAGAGCUUCCAAGAGAACCACCAAAGAGGAUGAUGGUUACGAGGGACACAAGAAACGAUCCAAACUCUCUCACUUCCCAGGUGAAGAGGAGAAUGGAGUCAAGUUUGCCAAGAGUCAGCCGGAGGCCCUGAGGAAUGAUGCCCUGGAGAAGGCCAAGAAAGCAGCAGAGAUUCAAGCCCGCAUACAGGCCACCAUGAUGAGUGCUGGGUUAGGAGGUCUGAAGCUACCACCUAUGCCUGGGAUUCCCCAGGCACCUGCGAUACCUAAAGUACCAGCUACUAAGGAAGAUAUCAGCGAUAUGAAAUCACCCCCUUCUGUUCUUACAAAACCAGCGCCUUUGAUUCUGGAUGAACAAGGAAGAACAAUUGAUAAAUCAGGACGUGUUAUCAUACUGCCACAACACAGACCAACAAUUAAGGCUAACAUCCGAGCCAAACGGAGAGAAGAAUUCAAGGUCAAUCAGCAGGAGAAACCACAGGACCUCUCUUCAGACUCUAACAAGUUCUUUGACCCACGGGUGGUACCUGUAGUCGGUAGAGGGAACAGAAAGUCAUUCAAGUUUCAUGACCAGGGCAAAUUUGAACAGGUUGCACAAAGGAUAAGGGCAAAGUCACAACUAGAGAAGCUUCAGAAUGAGAUCUCUCAGGCAGCUAAGAAGACUGGAAUCACAUCAGCAACCAAACUAGCCUUGAUCACACCCAAGAGAGAAUUGAAAGAGAAUGAAAUACCGGGUGUUGAAUGGUGGGAUAGUUUCAUCCUUCCUACAGAGACAUAUGCAGAUGUGAGCAAAGGUACCGCUCAGGCUAGUGGAACAGAUAAAUUAGUAGGCAUCACUAAUUUGGUAGAGCAUCCCAUUCAAAUCGAACCUCCAGCUGAGAAGAAAGAUGUUGAGCUUCCUAUUUAUCUGACAAAGAAGGAGAUGAAGAAACUGAGGAGGCAAAGGAGGAGAGAAGCAUUAAAAGAAACAACAGAAAAGAUCAGAAUGGGCCUUGAACCACCACCGGAACCAAAAGUACGCAUGGCAAACCUGAUGAGAGUAUUGGGUACAGAGGCUGUCCAGGAUCCUACUAAAGUAGAAGCACAUGUCAGGGCACAGAUGGAGAAAAGACAAAGGACACACGAGGAAACAAAUGCAGCGCGGAAGCUGACUACCGAGCAACGGAAGGAGAAGAAGGAACGCAAGAUGAGAGAGGACACCUCGACGGGGGUCACUGUGAAUGUCUACCGGGUCUUGAACCUCAACAACCCAGCUAAACGCUUCAAGGUCGAAGCCAACGCCAAGCAACUUCAGAUGACGGGCAUAGCUGUGGUGCACAAAGAUAUGAAUUGUGUGGUGGUAGAAGGGGGACCAAAGCAGCAGAAAAAAUUCCAGCGGUUGAUGUUGCACAGGAUCAAAUGGGGGGAGGAUAAAAGGAGCAAACAUGAUGAUGAUGACUCUGGAGAUGAAGCGGUCAAGUCCAACCACUGUCAGCUGAUGUGGUCAGGGAUGAUCAAACAACGCAACUUCAGUGACCUUCACUUCAAGCUGUGCCCUACAGAAGCGAUGGCCAGAGAACAGUUCAAGAAGCACAACGUGGAACACUACUGGGGCCUUGUUCACAGUCAAAGUGUCCUGGAUUCAACUGACACAUGAUGGAUGAACAACAGUUUGUAGAGAUCAGUCAUCGAAGCAAAAUGUCUGUAUUUUUGUCACUUUUCAAAUGUGAAUGUUAUUUUGAAGUUUUUAAUUGUUUUAUGAAGCCUUUUUUGCUCUAAAGCUUAAAGUUUUAAAAAAAUUGACUGAUAUAAAGAGCGAGCAUUAAUAUUUUCAUACAUGAUAGGACUGAGAGCAAUUCGUUGCUCAUUUACUCAAUAGCAAGUACAUCCUUAAUAGAUGAUGGCAAAUCAAUAGAAAUGUCAAUACACUUUGGUUGCUUUGUAUUAAACUUUUUUUUUUAACCUUGCACGUCAUUUUGGUCAGUUUCAUAUUUAACAUUCUAUUGGAAACUGAUUUGAUUUGCAUAGGCAAAAUGGUCAAAUGAAUGAUUGCAAGUAUUAUGCAGUCCAACAAGGGAAUAUAAGAACAAAACUAGAUAAAAAUCUAAGAUGGUAUGCUUUGGAACACACAAUUUCAAAAUGUAAGAUCACAUAAACCUGAUUUUUGGGUACUGGUAAGAUUUUAUUUACGGUGAAGGCCACCAAAUUUCUUUAUUAUCAGUGCGAUAAACUUUCUCCUUUAACCCUCAAAAAUUGGUAGGUCACAAAAAGGAAUUUUGGAUAAACAUAGGAUUGUCUGAACAUUAUGAAUUUCUUGUUUUGUGCCACUGUAUAAAAUCCAAAAGUUGUAGUGGUGUUCUAUGAAAGUUAUCCAUAGACGAUGUGAUCCCAUUUUGAGAUUGUGUUUCAUUGUAUCUAGAGCAAAGGUACUUUCAUGCUUUAUUGCUGUUUCUGUUUCUAUCUCUCAAGCCAAUGGAGAUAUAUGAAUCUACGGCAGUUGAGGCAGGCAGGCCACAGGAUAAAGCCAACACUCCUCUGGUAACGAGUCUUAUCUGCUAUUAAGUCGAGUCUAAGUAUGUUAUCCAUGUUAAUGUUUUGUACAUUUGACAUGUCUCCAUCAAUAAAGGUGGUGCUGUGUAGUAUAGCAUGUCUGUGGUCUUUUGGUUUCAAGGUGUUAGUCUUUCAAACAUUUAAGAAAUCUUUAUAAGAUUUUUUUUUUUAAACAGAGCAAGCCAAUUAAAACUGCAAAAAAUAAAAAGCUUGAAGAAUUUGAAGAAUUACUUAGCUUAUAAUUUUGGUGUACUUCUGCCAUGGGUUAGAAUCUUACUGACCCGCAAACAGAUGUAAAAGUUGAUGAAAAGGUAGACAACCUUUUAUGUAAAAAAAAAAAAAAAAAAAAGUAAUUUUUCCAGAAAACGUAUUCCUUAUUUCUUUUUCCUUAUUAUCAGGCUCUUCCUUUUGAUUGAAUUUUUAUUUGAAGGGAAGAGCAUAUAAGUAAUGAUCAUACUUAUUAUAUCUAGUAAAUAGCCAUGUGAUGUUUUGAUCAUCUAUAUUGCAAGAUUUUUGUACUUCUUUUCCUGGAAUGAAUAAUGCAAAUCAAAAAAAGGUACUUUAGCUUACUAAAAUAUCAGUUGACGAUGAAAGUAAUUCCUUUCCCCUGUCUCUUAAGGUGUAAAGUAUUAACACUACAAGCAUGAUUGUUCCAAAUGUAGCUCUUUUUAUUGGUUAUAUACAAACAUGCAUAUAUAUUAUAUGUAUAUAUUUAAAUAUAUAUAUUCAUCUGAAACGACAAAAUGCGAAGUUGAUAAGAUAUUGUUAUCUUCUUCUUUUUUGUUGGGGGGGGGGGGUGGUUGGUCAUUAAGUUUGGUUGUAAACGCCCUGAUCAAGUACAAUAUAUAUGGAAACUAGUUCAUCAAUUAUACUCGAGCAAUUGAUGUCACUAAUGGGGGUACGUGUCAAGGUGCAUGAGAAGUAGGAGGAGUACUCUCAUUUACAUACAACUGUAAAACACGUAGUGCAAGAUGUGAUUGUACAUUACUUUGGAAUUGUGGCAAGAUUACACCAAAAUGGAGAAUAUCUAAAGAGAGGAUGUUGUUUGUUUAAUGUCUCAAAGACAUGCAUGUCAUAAUUGGUUUAAGAACUGUAGCAAGAUUGUGGAUCAUACAAACAUUUAUCCUCAAAUUUAUGCUGAUGGUUUCAUAGUGUUUCUCUGAACCAAUUUAAGCUUGCAAGCAUACAACAAAGAAGUGAUGUAAAGCAGUCAAAGCGGUUUAGUUUUUAUUUUAAAUGGGCAUUGCUUUGGUAAACAUGAUCAUGCUCUUAAUAUGGUAUAUUUGAUAAUUUUCUAGUACCAUCUGCUACAUCAUUCGUUAAAAACAUAACAAUCCCUUUUUGGAGUAAUGGAGCUGGAAAUUUGAGAUGCUUUGAAAUGUAUUACCAGGUGUUUGCCACGAUUCUUGUAGCAAUGUACAUGACAUGGAGAAAUCAUGUAUGCCUUGAAGUUUUUUUGUUUUGAUCUUGUUUCUCCAGUUGGAAUCGAAUGAUCUCAUCUCUCCUAACUCAACCCACCAAUACAACGUAUAAGGUAGGUUUCAUCACUGUGCUGAUGUAUAAAAAAUGUGUAUGCGGAUUACAAAUGUUGUAUUUAUGAUAUAGAUCCAGGAUGGUGCACGCAUUAUCUUCUGUUUUAUUCUUUGAUUGCUCUUCUGGUUGUUUUUUGGUUGGGCAACAUGUAGGAAACAAAGAAAGCAUGCUUCCUGUUAUCUUGUUGCUCACUAAUGUGUGGUAUACUUGUGGAUCUAUACGGCGAUGUAGUUCUGUAGGCCUUUCCCACUCCGGAUCAGCACCUUACGAAAGAGUCCUUAUUUAAAUUUUAUGGGUUCUUCUUAUUUUGGCAGAUUAUUCUUGUUAUGAAUUUGUCAAGAUAUUGCAUCAUUACGCGAGUUUACAAACAAGCAAAAUGUCAGAUUUAUUAUCUGUUGAUUUCUAAUUACUUGAUAUGUGAAGAAAAGGGUAGUAAAUCUAACUUCACUCUUUCAGGGUUUUUCUAACAGAUUGUUACGACAUCAUUUGAAAUGUACAAUUGUAUUUUUAUUUAGAUCAUUCUGAGAACUAAAUUGAUUAUUCUAGGACAUGUGUUCAGUUCUAUUCAGUGUAAAAACGAGAAGAAACACUACAAUAUCAAGCAGCAUACCUUACCCUCCUUUAUACAUAAGCUGCACAUAUUUUAUCCCAUUUGAUAGUAGUGUAUGCGAAGAUUAAAUUUUUUACUUUUUAUUGUGACAACAGUCUCAUCUUAUCCAUGUUUUUGUUUGAUGAUUGUACAGAGCACUGGAGGAAUGUUUGUCAUAAAGAGUACAGCCCUAACAUUUGCUAGAGUUUCUGUUUGGAUAUGAUACUUAUGUUUUGUAAUUUUGCUUUGAUAUGUUUGUAUGCAACGUUCCAAAAUAUCUCUUAUGUGAAAGGAGGAUCAAAAUAAAACUUGUAAAUAACAUCUGAAA